AAAAAUAUCUUUUUAUCAGACGGUAUUUGUGUGGCUUAGGCGAAGCUGAAUCUCUCUCUCUCUCUAGAUUAUCUCUUGAGCUGCCAUGGUAUUUGAAAUCUAUCGGUUGUGUGUUCGCCAUCGAAACGCUUCCCGGCAACAGGACACAACGCAAAAACUCCAUUGAUUGAGAGGAUUGAAAGAGACAAUCUUGCAAUUCUUUGCUCAGCAGAAAGCUUUAUCUGUUUCUCUUCCGCCAUCCCUUCCUUGUCUGAUCAAAAGAGCGUUGUUUGAUUCUGUAAUCUUGAGCCUUGCGGUGUGUGCUGUACCUGUUGUUUUAAUGCCUGGUUGAUUCAAUGAGAUUAUUCUGUUCUAUUACAAAUGGCCUGUGCUUCGUCCAUGUCAGUUUCUGUGGAAUGCGUGAACGUAUGUAAGUUGACAAAAGGAGAAGGUAAUGGGAGAUACGACUGCAAUGCUUUCUCAUGUGCGUGGAAAGCUCCGAGGGUUUUGACUGGAUUUCUGGCAAGCACCGCUCAUCCUCCACAGUGUCCGUCGGCCUUACAUGGACGAAGUGGACGAAAAUAUCGCAUCAGAUAUAGGUCUGAACACUUCGAUGCAGGUGGCUUGUUUGCCACUGAGUCAUCAGACUUUGUGCUUUCACAACUCUUCAGAUUGAACUUAUUUCAUGUUGCUAUUAAAAGAUGGCAGUUGUGUUGCUCUUCAUCAAUCUCCUCAGAAGACUUUGAUGAAGUUUCUCCUGAAAGCUUGUGGGAGGACCUUAAGCGCACUAUAUCUUACCUUUUGCCCAAGGAACUGGAAUUGGUACAGAAUGCUCUUAAGCUGGCAUUUGAAGCACAUGAUGGUCAAAAAAGGCGUAGUGGAGAGCCCUUCAUCAUUCAUCCAGUAGAAGUUGCACGAAUUCUUGGUGAACUUGAAUUGGAUUGGGAGUCUAUUGCUGCUGGAUUACUUCAUGAUACAGUUGAAGAUACUAAUGUUGUUACAUUUGAAAGAAUAGAGGAGGAAUUCGGCUCUACUGUACGGCACAUUGUAGAAGGAGAGACUAAGGUUUCAAAGUUAGGAAAGUUGAAGUGUACGAAUGAAAAUGAUUCUGUGCAAGAUGUGAAAGCUGAUGACCUGCGCCAGAUGUUUCUAGCCAUGACGGAGGAGGUCCGGGUUAUCAUUGUCAAGUUAGCUGACAGGUUACAUAACAUGCGUACUCUUUCCCACAUGCCUCCGCAUAAGCAGUCCAGCAUUUCAAGGGAGACACUGCAGGUGUUUGCUCCUUUGGCUAAAUUGUUAGGGAUGUAUCAAAUAAAGUCUGAACUUGAAAACUUGUCCUUCAUGUAUACAAAUGCUGAAGAUUACGCGAAGGUCAGGAGAAGAGUUGCAGAUCUCUAUAAAGAUCACGAAAAGGAACUUCUCGAGGCAAACAAAAUUUUAGUGAAGAAGAUUGAGGAUGAUCAAUUCUUGGACCUCAUGACUGUCAAGACUGAAGUUCGUUCAGCAUGUAAGGAGCCCUACAGCAUUUAUAAAGCAGUUCUCAAAUCUAAAGGAUCAAUUAAUGAGGUCAACCAAAUUGCGCAGCUUCGUAUUAUCAUAAAGCCCAAGCCUUCUGUUGGGAAUGGACCUCUGUGCAGUCCACAGCUGAUAUGCUAUCAUGUUCUGGGGUUGGUGCAUGGAAUCUGGACACCUAUUCCCCGAACUGUGUGUAUCUGUGUCACUAGAGAUCUUUUAGGUAGUCGUGUUUUUGUCUUCACACCAAGGGGAGAGAUAAAAAAUCUACCCAAAGGGGCAACUGUUGUUGAUUAUGCUUAUAUGAUACACACUGAAGUUGGGAACAAAAUGGUGGCUGCCAAGGUCAAUGGUAAUCUGGUUUCCCCCGCACAUGUUCUUGCCAAUGCAGAAGUCGUGGAAAUAAUCACUUACAGUGCACUUUCAAGCAAAUCAGCUUUUCAAAGGCACAAGCAAUGGUUGCAACAUGCAAAAACACGCAGCGCAAGACAUAAAAUUAUGAAAUUCUUAAGGGAGCAAGCUGCACUAUCUGCUGCUGAAAUAACGAUGGAUCAAGUAAAUAACUUUGUUGCUGAUUCUGAGGACAGCGAAGUGGAAGAGGUCCCAGAUAAUUCCAAAAAAACCAAACCUUUGUGGGAGAAAAUUCUAAUGAACGUCUUAGAGUUUUCAUCACCUGGAAGAAGUUGUGAAGAUGCAUUUCCCACUAAAACUGGUGGCAUUUGGGUCCCUAAGGUGAAUGGCAAACACAACAAGCAUGUGCAGCAUUCAAGCAUGAAGGACAAGGAGUUGUUGUCAGAAGGAAAUGGUGUUGCAAAAGUAUUACCUGCCAGCUUUCCAGUGUACACAGAAGUCUUGCCUGGUUUAGAAAGUUGGCAAACUAGUAAAAUUACUGCUUGGCACAAUCUCGAAGGGCAUUCCAUUCUUUGGUUCUGUGUGGUCUGCAUAGAUCGAAAAGGAAUUAUGGGUGAAGUUACCACAGCGUUGGCAGAUGUUGAUAUCACCAUAUGUUCUUGUUUGGCUGAGAUUGACAGAGGAAGGGGAAUGGCUGUUAUGCUAUUUCACGUGGAAGGGAAUAUUGAAAGCUUGGUUAAUGCUUGCUCGAAUGUGGAUCUAAUACUUGGUGUUUUGGGAUGGUCUACUGGUUGUAGCUGGCCAAGCUCACUGGAGGGAUCUCGAUUUCUUGAGUGCUAGCUGAUCAAUUAAAGCCAAUUAGUCCAAUUAGGUCAUUCAGGAGUCUAAAAGUUGGGUCUGAAAAUUUUGUCCCAAAAGAAAUAGAGAUUGUGGUGUUUCGUUACAGAUUUUGGGUAGUUAGCUCCAUAGUUCUACCUAUUUGUUUUAACUCGACAAAAAUAAACUAGCAAAGAGCCAAUUGAGCUCUUUCUGGAUUCAGGGCAUUGUAUAUAGAGAAAAGAGUGAUAGAAUCAAAGAAACAUAUAUACUUGUAGAGAUACUUGCAGUGAGAGGAUGGCAAAAUAGUCAUACAAAGGUUGAUUGUACAAUGAGUUUUCUUUCCAUUUUGCUA